AUGGGAAUUGAGGAAGAGCAUGGAAGCAACACUGCCUCCUCCACACUGAACUUGGGAAUUUCUAAGUUCAGCGUGGAGUCCACUUACAAAGGAGGAAUUGCACAUCACCCCACGCUGAACUUGGGAAAAUCCAAGCUCAGCGUGGACUCAAAAAGGAAGCAUGUUAAACUGAAGACUGCAUUAAUCAAUCUACUGCCAAAGUUUCAUGGCUUACCUGCUCAAGAGCCUCUCAAGCACCUCAGGGAUUUUCAAACAGCCUGUUCUACUGUCUGGCGUUAUGGUGCAACUGAGACUUCUAUUCUGCUGGCAGCAUUCCUGUUUUCUCUUGAGGAAAAGGCGAGGGAAUGGUACUACACUCAACCUGAAGCAGUCGUUACUAAUUGGGAUACACUCAGGAGAGAAUUCCUCGAAAACUACUUUCCAGCUGAAGUUACUGAUAGACUAAGGAAAGAGAUUUCAAUGAUCAUCAAAGGCGAAUCUGAGACUUUCUACGAGUACAGGGAGCACUUCACUAAUCUCCUAGACGUAUGCCCCUACCACAUGAUUGACAAGUUGGUGUUGAUCGGCUACUUCACACAAGCCAUGAAGCCUCAAGAUAAGACUACAUUAGAUGGUGCAAGUAAUGCUUCUCUGAAAAAGCACAAGACCACAGAUGAAGCAUGGCAACUGAUCGCCGACUUGGCUGAGUCUGCUCGGACUCACAAGCGCAAUAGGAAAAACCACCCUAAGGCUGUGGUAGAGGUUUCCUCUAGCAAUGAGAAUAAUGCUCUCACACAAUCAAUAUGUGAGAUGACCAACCUACUGAAGCAGAUACAUCUGGGCCAGCAACAAUCUCAGCCCCCUUCACCACAACAUAGCCAACAACUGGUUCCUCAGAGAGUGUGUGGAAUAUGCGUUGAUUAUAAUCAUUACACUGAUGAGUGUCCACAGCUCCAACAUGAGGACAACACCGUGGCAGCUACUCACAAUUUCUAUGACCGCCCGAAUCAAGGACACUACCAACAAGGCGGCAACUAUAACCAAGGUGGGAACUUUAACCAAGGUUGGAGGGAUAACUAUAACAGAGGAGGCAGAGACGGCCAAGGAAAUCAGAGGUGGAAUAAUAACAACAAUCAGCAGAACCGGUAUCAGCAGAAUCCUGCCUAUCAACAGCAGAACCAGAACCAGAUUGGAUCACUGAAUAACUCCAACAACCAGCCUUCAAACUCCAGUGGAAUUCCUUCUCAACCCUUACCCAACCCCAAGGGUGGCAUCAAUGCCAUCACCUUGAGGUCUGGAACCACACUGCAAGAGAGGAAUCCUGAGGAGCCAAGCCCACAAAAACAUGCCUCAGCUGAGGACAUGGUGGAGGUGGAGGAUGUUGAAAAGGAAGAUGAAGUACAGGACACGGUUGAAGAAGAGGUAACUCAACCAGAGAAUGGCACACCAGAAGGAGCUAAAGCUACCAGAGACGCCAUCCCUAUCCCAUUUCCACACCUUGCAAAAAAGCCCAGAAAGCAGAUGGAACUUAACCCAAAAAUGGUAGAAAUCUUAAAAAAGGUUGAGAUAACUGUUCCCUUUUUUGAUGUUAUUCAGCAAGUACCUAAAUAUACGAAGUUUCUAAAGGAUUUGUGCAUAUAUAAGGAUAAGAUUAAUGAAUUAGAAACUAUUCCUUUAAGUAGUUUUAUUUCUGCAUUGAUGGGGGAUAUACCUGAAAAAUUGGUUGGAAUUGCUGAGGACAUGUUGGUGAGCAUUAAGGGGCUCACAUUUUCCAUUGACUUCUAUAUCUUGGAAAUGCCCCCAAAUGACUCAGGAAAACCGUCAUCCAUCUUGCUCAGAAGACCAUUUCUGAAGACCUCAAAGUUCAAGUUGGAUCCAUUCUCAGGAACCUAUUCCUUUGAGAUAGGCGGCCGAGCAGUGAGCUUCAAUCUGAAUGAGGCUAUGAAGCACCCUCCGGAAGAUCAUUCCAUCUUCCAGUGCGACAUCAUUGAUGAGAGAGUAGCCGCAUUUCACCAAGAAGCAGUAGAAGAGAUGCACAUGGUGCAAGGUCCAAGUGUGGGGACACCCUCUGAACACAAUGAGAACACCUUGCCAUCUUCACUAGCUCAAGACGAUCCAGUACCCAGUCAGGAGCAGAAUUUGGAGUUAAAACCCCUUCCACCCCACCUCAAGUAUGCUUACCUUGAGGACAAUUAG